CUGAAGUGUGAGUCUGGAGGCUGGUUUCCUGAACCUGAGAUGGAGUGGCUGGACAGUUCUGGAACCAUCCUCCCUGCUGAUGGACCUCCAGAGAGACACAGGGACUCAGAGGACCUCUACACUCUGAGACGACAUGUCACCGUGGACCAGACUGACACCAACAGGUUCACCUGUAGAGUUCAACAGCCGGAGAUCAACCACCUGAAGGAGACUGAGAUUCAUGUCCCAGAUGACGUGUUUCCUAAAUCACACGUAGGGUUGAUUAUUGGUCUAAUAGCAGCAGCUGUUGUAGUUCUUGCAGCUUCAGCUGGUGUCUACAAGUGGAGAAAACAUACAGUGAAGAAGCUGAGAGAAGAUUGUGAGAAACAAGUGAAGAAGCUUGGAGAAGAUUCGGAAGAAGAAG